AUGUCUGAUUCCAACACAACCAAGUUCACCAACCCCUCUACCUUCAUCCUGAUGGGUAUUCCUGGCUUGGAAGCAGCCUAUGUCUGGCUCUCCAUCCCCUACUCUAUCUUGUAUGCCAUCGUUCUCUUGGGGAACUUCACCAUCCUCUUCAUUGUGAAGGUUGAACCAAGCCUCCAUGAGCCCAUGUACUAUUUCCUCUGCAUGCUGGCUGUCACCGACCUGGUCUUGUCUACGUCCACUCUGCCCAAAUUGUUGAGCAUCUUCUGGUUCAAUGCCCGGGAGAUCAGUUUCAAUGCCUGCCUUGCCCAGUUGUACUUCCUUCACUUCUUUGCAGUGAUGGAGUCUGGGAUCUUCAUGGCCAUGGCGUUUGAUCGCUACGUGGCCAUCUGCCAUCCCCUGAGACAUUCCACCAUCCUGAGAAACUCUGUAGUAGUCAAGAUUGGUCUGGCCGUGGUUCUGCGAGGCAGCAUUAUUGUACUGCCCUAUCCUUUCCUGGUGAGGAGGUGGCAAUACUGCAGAACCAACAUCAUCCCCCACACGCACUGUUCACAUAUCCAGCUAGUGAACCAGGCCUGCGGUGACAUCAGCAUCAGCAGUAACUACGGCCUCUUCGUGCUAUUCUGUGGGAAAUGUCUGGACAUGGUUCUUAUCGCCAUGUCCUAUUUCGAGAUCCUCAGGGCCAUCUUCAAGCUUCCCACCAAGGACGCCCGGCUCAAGACUUUUGGGACCUGUGGCUCCCACCUCUGCGCCAUCUUAUCCUUUUACAUCCCUAGUUUCUUCUCCUCCUUCACACAGCGGUUUGGCCAGAAACUACCCCUGCAUUUCCAUGUUCUCAUUGUUGACAUGUACCUAAUGAUACCCCCCAUGCUCAACCCCAUCAUCUACGGAGUGAGGACCAAACAGAUCCAGCAGAGGCUGCUCCGGCUCUUUGUUUGUGGAAGCAAGAUCUGA